AUGCAAAAGCAUGGUGACCUUAGCAAACCAAAUGAUGGGCCACACGGAAAGGAACUUAAUACACGACGGUGGGCCGAGCUCACACAACUUUUGAACGCGGAUGCGACAGGCGUCACUAAAAAUACAGAUAAGUGGAGAAAGGAAGAAGUAACUGAAUUGACUGUACUACCGACACUUGAUGAUGAUGACAGCCCAUCUAUUUUUAUACUACAUGAUGAGUUAGCUCAACAAACUUGUUCCAAUGUUGAAGAUUGGAAUCGGCCAGGGACAUCGGCUCAACCCCCAGUUUUUCCACCCUUACCUGUGGACAGGAAUAACCAAGACUUGGCGGGCAGAGAGGAGCCUGAAAUAGUUAACAGCCCAGACAGGAGUGAGGCCGGCAUGACACAGGCGCAGGAGCCUGCGACUCGGGCCGCGCGGAUGGCUGCUGGAGGCAGGCAGCACGCGCCGCAGAGUCCUACGCCCUUACCACCUACGCCGCGGCGGCGGCGAACACGUCCGACGCCAACAUUCUCCUCUCGUACUCGUACCCAGACACAGUCCGAUUUGGCAAGGCAAGCCUUCGUCAGGUCUGACUGUGAAUGGCGAAAUUUCCAAAUGGAGGCAGAGCGGGAGAGGAAUAGGUUAAAAGAUUUACAGAUAAGGAUGCAAGAAAGGUGGUUAGAUUGUUUUAGUCAAUUGUUAGUAUUGGGAAAUAGAAUUGUAAGUCAUUGGGAAAAAAAAUAA